CCGCUCAUUCGUUGGAUCGGUGUGUGGUGCUGUGGUUUUAACUGCUUUUUCCCUAGAUUUCCAGGGGUUGAGCGGGGCGUUUGUAAUGACUUUGGGAUUGCUGUGUUAUGUUUUGUUGGGUCGACAAAUGUGUUUUUUGUGGUGGUGUGGUGCUUUUUCUUGUACGGAAUCGGCAUGCUCUCUUGUCGGACCGACAAGCACUUUGGAGUAGAGCGUUGAACUUUUGCUUUGAGUCGAUAGUUUCACUCGGUUUUCAGCGCAGCUGGUCCCGAAAUGGACCUCCUGAUUACAGUGUCUACAAGUUUGUAUUUGAUUUGUGUAGGUGCAGUGGCUGCUGUAACCUUUGAAGUUUACGAAAGAUGGAAUUGAAGAAUUCAUGCGUAUGCGUACAAUUUGUACGCCGCUCGGGGUUUGAGAGAAGAACUGUGAACGACACAUUUCAUGUUUGAUGCUAAUAGCAGAGAAGAGAAGUGGAACAUUAGAGAAAAAAGUGGCAACGAUUUGUGGCAAGAAAAUGUAAACAGUGAAAAAAUUGACAGAUGGUUUACGCUCUAAAAAUUGAACAUAAUGUUAAGAUGUCUCUAAAACGGUGGGAGACGUCAUAUAUAAGGUGGGAGAUGCAGCAAUAUGAAUUCCAAACCAAUUAGAUAACACCGAUCAACCAGGUCUAAUUUUUAUGCUACAGAGCGUUUUCUCCGCACAAACAGACGGCUUUGACUUUAUGCUACAGAGUGUUUCCUCCGCACCGCUAAGUCGGUCUCAACCGAAUUCCGGGCAACAAGAAUCAGCAACAGACAGACAGAUAGACAGCUCGGCAACGACUAAUGUGAUCAAAGCGAAUGGGACAAAGAGCAGUAUGGCACAAGCCCGCCGGUAGUUGCUCUUUCAUAUAACCAUCAGCAAUAAUUUGCAGCAGUCACCGAAUCACAAUAAUGGUGCCAACAGCGUAAACGAAAACAACGUUUAUGCGCAGCAAAGACAGCAGUAUGCACUUCCCAUUGCCCAUGCAAACACCAGUUCAUCAAUCACAACGGUGGCCAUCAGCAGCAGCAAAGUGACUUUGACGGCAUUCACAAUCGGUCGAUAUUUUCAACCAAUCCGAAUGGGUAGUUCUCACAUGCAGGAAUCGUACAGUAAAGCGUGGUCAGCAGAGGAGGAUAAUCCUCAGAAUGUUGAUGAAAUAAUCGAAAAAUUAAAGAAUAAAUGUACGGUUAAAAUCGCACCCGAAUCAGUGGUUGCAAAAUUGAACGCUAUCAAACAGAAUGGCAAUAUCGGAAAAUUUACCGAUCAAAUUGAAAAAUUAACUUUAAAGCUAGAACGCGCAUACAUUGACGAAAACGUUCCAGUCGAAACAGCAUCAAGGAUGUCCAUAAAAGCAGGAAUUAAAGCUUUGGCAUCUGGGGUAAGGAACAACGAAACCAAACUGCUACUCAAAGCAGGCCAAUUUAAUACCCUUUCCGCAGCGAUCGAAAAAAUUAGCAACGAUAAUGCUAAUGUACUGCAUUACCGGACGCAAAAUGCCAGAAAUAACUCAUACCAAGGUAAUCGACCCUCAUUCAAUAACAGAAAUCGUGGUAAUUCGAACCACCAUAACAAUUUUAGACGGAACGAUAGAUUCCAACCUAGACCAUUUUCAACGUACAGGAGCACAAACAACAAUAAUGGCUAUCAGAGACAACAGCAUCAUCAAAAUUUCAAUAGACACCCGCAAAACAGAGCACCAUACAACGGUUCACGUAUUUUCGUAGCACAAUCGGGAAACGCGCCCAACCCCCAGCAAAUAACCGUUGGGAGUACUGGACAAGACUCAAGACAAAGUCAAGGUCAAUAUCAGGAUGUUUUACAGGAGCAACCAACUCGACCGCAACGGCACAUGCAAACAGAAACUAUUGGACCUAUGUUCGAAGUUCAAUGAUAUAUUUGCUUUAGAAGGAGACACAUUAUCAAGCAACAAUUUUUAUAAGCAGAAAAUAAAUUUGUCUGAAAACACACCAGUAUACAUUAAAAAUUACCGUUCACCCGAAGUUCACCGACAAGAAAUCAAUUCACAAGUAAACAAACUGUUGACUGACAAUAUAAUUCAACCGUCCGUAUCACCAUCUAAAGGCCCAUUUAUACGUUGCUAGUAGCUGACUUGACAAUGAGCAGCUACUGACCCGGUGGACUCGCUUGACAAUUGGUUGACUCGCCUUGUCCGUUCACACAGUGUGAGCUGCUGGCGAGAAACUAGAUACUACGGCACGGGUUUACCAGGGAUGCCAGGCGACUUUUCAAAUGUCCAUCAAAUAGUCAGAAACAGCAAUCAGGUCCGAAUUUGUCAAAUGAUUGGUCCAAAAUCGACUUCUUUAUUGGCAGUUUUCAUCUUAGGUUUUCAGUUGAAUGUAUCAUCACACAAUUUUAUUUCAAAACAAACGCUGAUCGUGUUUAAAAAUACAUACUUUGUGCUGAAUUUCUUUGAACUGAAGGUACUAUCCGAAAAAGCAGAAAGAGAAAAGGAUUCGGGCCAGGAAUUAGAUGCAAAGAAAAGGAGCAACAAAUACAAUAUUGAAGGAACUCUACGAUGAGGAUCCCCGAGAUUACAGAGCAGUGUUGGUAAUAACACCUGAACAAGUGAAAAAACUGUUGGAUUUAAUUGCUCCACGAAUACAACGCCAAGAUACAGUCAUGAGGGAUGCUGUACCUGCAAGAGUUAAAUUAGAAAUGACAUUGAUGUGCCUUUGUUUUGGAAUAUCGUUGGGAUUGUUGUCGAUAUUUUUUAGAAUCUCGAAAACAUCCAUAGCUCAGAUAAUUCCGAAAGGAUGUGAUGUUAUAAAUGGUAGUCUAAAAGAUUUUUUUUUUAAUUUUAUUUAUUUUGUGAAAUGAAAAUGAUAGUCGAUUUGCAGGUGCAAUAGAUACGCUUCAAAAAUUUUAAUAAUGAAUGAAAAUGUACUUUUUUAAAUCGAAUAUGUAUUCUGUUUCUUAGAACAAUACUUUUUUUUGUAAGUUGUGAUCUGAUAAUGAUUCUAUAUUAGAGAUUCUCAAGAAAACUAUCUCAAAAAGAAAGCGUGCCCCGCCAGCGUGCAAAACGAAAUAACAAUUAUUUCGUUUAGAAACUAUGAGGGUUUUAUUUGUUUUUCCAAUAAUUUUCAAGUCUAUAAAUAUCUUCACAUAUUUUCAAAUAUCUUAAAAAUAGAGACAUUUCAUUACAUUUGGCAUCACUGAUUCGAACGCUAAAUUCUGUUUUUGACGUUGUGAAGCAUGCAAGUGCGAGUAAAUUCAAAAAACUUUGAAGUAGCUCGCACGCCGGAUCACACAUGACAAUAACUGGCAUGAUGUGUUCACACGGUGUGAGUAGCUGCACUGCAGUAACUGACUAGACCGACUCGUAUGCUUACUCGCACCGUCUGAACCCGGCUUAAAGGCCCAUUUAUACGUUGCUAGUAGCUGACUUGACAGUGAGCAGCUACUGACCCGGUGGACUCGCUUGACAAUCGGUUGACUCGCCUUGUCUGUUCACACAGUGUGAGUUGUUGGCAUGUAACUAGAUACAACAGCACGGGUUUACCAGGGAUGCCAGGUUUUCAGUUGCAUUUAUUAUCACACAAUUUGAUCCCGAAAUACACGCUAACCGUAGUUUAUACCGUAUACAAUGUUGUCCAGCAAAACACGGCUGACUGUAGUUCGUACCGUGACAAAAGCGGUUACAAAAAUACUUUGUGCUGAAUUACUUCGAGCUGAAGGUACUAUUCGGAAAAAGCAGAAAGGCAAAAGGAUUUGGGCCAGGAAUUGGAUGCAAAAAAAAGGAGCAACAAAUACAAUACUGAACGAACUCUACGAUAAUGAUCCCCGAGAGUACAGAGCAGUGUUGAGAGUAACACCAGAACAAGUGGAAACACUAUUGGAUUUAAUUGCUCCAAAAAUACAACGCCAAGAUACACUUAUGAGGGGUGCUAUACCUGCAAGAGUGAAAUUAGAAAUUACUUUGGUGUACCUCUCCUCUGGAAUAUCGUUCAGAUUAUUGUCGAUAUUUUUUAGAAUCUCGAAGGCAUCCAUAGCUAAGAUAAUUCCGGAAGUAUGUGACGCUAUAAAUUUCAGUCUAAAAGAUUUUAUUAAAAUGCCGAAUAAGGAAGAAUGGCAAGAUAUAGGAGUAGGAUUCCAUUCAAGGUGGAACUUCCCAGGUUGCUAUGGAGCUAUUGAUGGGAAGCACAUCACAAUUCAAGCACCACCUAAUUGUGGUAGUGAAUAUUACAACUAUAAGGGAACGAAUAGCAUAGUGUUAAUGGCAAUCGUGGAUCACGAUUAUUGUUUUAGAUAUGUUGAUAUAGGCUCAUACGGUCGUAACGCAGAUGGUGGGAUAUUUCAAAAAUGCUCUUUAUAUUCUCAUCUAGAAAACAAUAUUCUAUUGCCUGAAAAUGGCGUUUUAGUAGGUGAUGAUGCGUUUCCAUUAAAGCCGUAUUUAUUGAAGCCCUAUAAAAAUACACCGACUAAAGAAGAAAAGAUUUUUAACUACAGAUUGAGCAGAGCAAGGAGAAUAGUUGAAAAUGGAUUUGGCAUUUUAGCAUCUCGUUUUCGUAUUUUGGGAAAACCAAUCCAGGUUAGAGAGGAUACCGCAAUGAAGAUAGUUUUAUGUGCAUGUACUUUACACAACUGGUUGCGUAUGUCUGCAUCGAAAACGUAUACUCCACCAGGAACAAUUGACUAUGAAGACAUAAUAAAUUUUGAAAUUAAUUUAGGGCAGUGGAGGUCAGAGAUUGAGGGUUUACGAAGCAUUCAACGCUCACGGAUGAAUAAUAGAUCAAAGGCUAUUGCAGAGAAAAUGAGAGAUAAAUAUAAACAUUACUUUAAUAGCGAGGGAGCGGUUACUUGGCAAAAUAAUAUGAUUUAUUAAUUAGAGAAUACAGUAUAAUAUAGUGUAGUAUAGUUGCAGUAUAGUAUAAUAUCGAAUCAUUUAGUAAUGUAUAUAUAUAUUUAGUGUUAUAGUGCAUUAUAUAAUAGAAGAAAAUAACUUACUAGAUUACUUAUUGUUUGUUUUUCCUUCAGAUGAAUAAUAUUCAUGAUGUAAUCCAUGGCAUCGAACCAUUGGACGGAAGGUUUAUAUAUCUCAUCAGUACCACAUCCGCUUCGUUUGCUUUUCUCAAUUUUUAAUUUCUCCUGGUUGUAUGUAGAACGUAAAUUUUUUAUUUUUUUUGUAACUUCUUUCGUAUCCGAUAACCCCACUUCUGAACGAAUGUAUUCAAGCGAGGCUUUACGCAAAUCUCUGUUUUUAUAAUUGGGAUCCAUACAGUUCCACAAAAUGGUUUGUUCUUUAUAUAA